AUGGACAACCCACUCAAAGCCUCCGCGUCGUGGGACGACGUCUUUGCCGCGACCAUGACGACAAUGUACAAUCGGCCCGUGUGCCUCGACAGCUGUGCCGGUGGCCAGAAUGACAACAGUGACAAGAGGGAAGCCACUACGACGGCCUUGGGCCACACUGCUAUGGCGGCCGGACAUCAUCACUCAGCCAGCCACGCGGCCAAGCGAGCACAAGCAGGUCGGUGGACGAUGACACCGACCGUGCGCACAUGUCCCGUCGUCCAAGUGGAGUUGCCUGGCCGCGCACCAGUCACCGAAGCCACGCGCUUCAAGCAGUACGGCGGCGGGCACGGCUGGUUCUCGCGGGAUGCCACAAACAUAUGGGCGGGACACAGACAAGGCUGCGAUGACAUUGUGCGAGACGGUCGCAGAGCUGAAAGCACAGUGCAAUGGAGAACAGCGGUCAUUUGGUGUGUGGUUAUAGACAUCGAGAUGGCGGCGGUCGAUCGAGGAGCAAUCGGGCAGUGUUAUUUGUACGUUUAUGCAGCAGAUGGAGGUCCCGUCACAUCGCUUACCGUAUAUUGCACGACGUUUACAGAGUAA